AUGACGCUUCGCUGGGGGGGCAAAGAGCUGGUAGGUGGGCGCAAGCGAAAACUGGGCGAGAUCCUUCCCGUUCGUCUGCAACUUAUCGUGUGGUACGAUUUGAACCGCCGAGUCCUGGGGCUCGGGUCCACGCUAAUGAUGACGCGGGGAGUCGCGCAGUGUCCUAUAUCUGUGCUUUGCAAAGACAAAGCCGUCCCGAGCCUCUGGAAACAGCUGGCCCCACCCGCCAAGUGGCAUGCAAACACAGCGGACCAUCGUGGCAUUGCAUUGUUCACCGAUGGCGGUGGCUUGGGGUUGGGCGGAAAGCCCCAUCUCCCGGUUCCUUCUUCGGAUCCUUCUUCGGACCUCAACCACGUCGAUGACGCUGCGCCUCUCCGGUUCUCCAAGGCCCCAAGCCAACCUGAGUGGCUGGAGCUCGGACCGCCGUUUGGUUCCUCCACGCUCCACGUCGUCAUGACGACGGGCAGCGUUCUGGCCGAGGCUGUUUUGGAAGCAUCGCAACGGUUGAAGAAGGGGUGGGCGAAGGCUUUGACGAGCUCGGCACAUACUUCGCCGUGCUGCGAUCUCGUUGCCUAG